AUGUACUUAUUUGUAAGUAUAUACCUACAAACGGACUUUUUAGUUGAAAAUGUUCGGCUCGGCUCGUCGAGCUUUUUCGAUUCACAUAAAUUGUCCAAAUCUAAAAUCCCCCGUAAAGUACACUUAUUGUUAGGCCAAAUUUUCAGUUCAAAGAAUGAGAUACAGAAAGGAAUUGAGAAAGCCAAGAAUCGCUUAAAGUCAUCUCUAAACGAAGCAAUAGAUAGCGGAAGAAGUUCAGAGUAUUCUCAGGCCAUACGACUUCGACAGGAAAAACAAGAUGCUUCAGAAAUAUUAGACUCCGUUUCCCGCCAUGCUGCCAUUGAACGGAUUGAAGAGCCUGGUUUUAAUCCUUGUUCGUUCAAAUCAGAUGCGGAUUCGGCUAGAAUGUCUUCCACUACAACCAAAAGUUCUGAGAACACCACAAAUUUGUUUACAUCUUCUUCUACAACCCAUCACGAUCGUGCAAUGUUUGGACCUCUAUGGGCGAGUAAACAAAUUGCAGAAAAGUCUAAAAAUAAAAAGGAGGUUGGCAAAAAACGAGAUAAGGAUGAAAAUAAGGAGGAGAAUAAGAAGGAAGAAACAACAACUGUCCCCCCGGCAAGCAGAUUUCCUUUGGCACAUGAAAAACUUUCUGAAGACCCUGAAGUUAGAAAUAAACGUUGGUUAGAAUUAUUUAGAGAAAGGAGAAGGAUGACAAUUGAGGGGAUUUUGUAA